AUGUCUCUAGCUGACAAAGCUCACCAAUGGGAGAAGAGCUUGCCCCAUGGCACAAUCACCACUUGGGAUGAAUGCAAGAAGGCCUUUCUUGCUAAGUUUUUCUCCACCGGUCGCACAGCCAAGCUUAGAGGAGAUAUCAGCUUCAUCCAGCGAAACAAUGAGACAUUCGCAGAGGCUUGGGAGAGGUUCAAAGGCUACACAAGUCAGUGCCCACACCAUGGAUUCAACAAUGAAUCACUACUCUCCACUCUUUAUAGAGGAUGCUUGCCUAGGUAUAGGGAGAUGCUAGACACAGCUAGCAAUGGGAACUUCCUCAACCAGGAUGUAGAUGAUGGCUGGCAACUUGUGGAGAACAUAGCUAACUCAAAUGGAAGCUAUGGAGAAGAGUAUGAUCGCACCAAUCGGAGCUCGACCCACCACUCGAUCGAGUCAGACGAAAAGUUGAGAAAAGAUGUUAAGGCAUUGAAUGAGAAGUUGGAUAAGCUGAUCUUAGCUCAGUCCACAAUGAAGAAAGUCAACUUUGUGUCUGCUGAAGAGAUGGAACCAGUCCAAGAAGGGGAGGAUACACAAUUUGCUGAGGUGUGCUACAUGAGCAAUGGGCAAGGAGGUUACAACAAAGGAUACUAUAAUUACAAGUCCAACCCUGCCAUGUCAUACCGCAACACUGAUGUUGCUAACCCUCAGGACCAAGUCUAUCCUCAACAACAAGCAGCUCGAUCGAGUCAAGGGCAAGCUGAUGGGGUAGUGGACACAAGCAAGAAGCUAGCUGAAAUAAACUCCAAGAUCGAGAAUCUCAACACAAGGGUUUACUCUCUGGAGAAUCAUGCUUCUUCUGUUGCUGCUGCUACAAAGCAAGGACAACUACCUGGUAAAGCUAUUCAGAACCCCAAGGAACAGUGCAAGGUCAUCUUCACUCAAGAAGGACUUGUUGAAGAAGAGGAUCAAGAAAGGGUCAUUGAAGAUUUUUGUUUACUGCUGAAUGAUGAAGAGAUUGUUGCUGCUGAGGCUCCUGGAGUCCAGAUUGAUCAACCAGAAGUGCAGGCACCUACUGUGGCCAUUCACACUUCACCAGUUGAGCUCGCACAACAAGCUCGAUCGGCAGCUCGAUCGAGUCGAACUCUAGCUCGAUCGAGUCCGACCUCUUCUGUCCCAAACCAUUUUGCUUGA